CGGUCGCGGUGCGCAGCUAGUUCGCCGAGGAGCCAAAACCAACCGCUUCGCCUGGCACUGGCAGACCGGUAAUAAAAGUGCUGCCCCCGCGCGGCGCACGCAGCCUAGCCUGCCCGGUAGUUUAGGAGCAGGUGCUCCAGGUCAAUAUCCAAGGCUGCCCCGAGCGGCCGCCCGCGCGCGCCCGGUAAGUUCUCCAAUAUGGCCGAGCUCGACACCUACGACUACGCCGGCGCCGCGGCGCCCCCGCGCUGGGCCGCCGCCGGUGACGGUGAGGACGACGAGCCCCUCUUCGACGGAGAGACGCCCCGGGACGAGGACGUCUACAAUAAUGAACCCGAGCUCCGCGGCGUCGACGACAUCAUGAGCGGCGUCGACGCCUUGCUGUCGAAGCCCGCGCCGUCGAUGCGCCAGUUCGCGGGACGUAACAGCGGGCCCUCGAUCCCCGUCAUGCGCAAGCAGCGUUCAGAGGCGAGACGGGGCAAGAAGGUGUCGAACGCGAGUACGACGCGACGACGGACAAAGCCGGACGUCGUCCCGGACGCCGAGCCGGACCUGGCGAUGGUCGCCGAAGCAUUGCAGUACUGCCAGGGCCUGUCGAUGCGUGUGGCGGCGGACGACAACGUCCCGCCCGCCCCUGCGCGCGCCGCGGCAAAAGCGCCGCCGCCCCCGAAGCGCGGCGGCUCGCGACGACGAGCGCGCGGCGAACCCAAAAAAAAUCCCGCGGAGACCAUGGCCAAGGCCUACGGCACCGGGCCCGCCCGGACCAAGAAGGCCGCGUUCUCGACGAAGCCGCAACAAAAAAAGCGCGGCGCCGAGCUCGACACGGCCGCUUUAGUUGCCAACUUCGAGAGCGGCGCGCACCUGACGGAGCUGCGCAAGCAGCUCCACGCCUCGCAAAAAGCCAUGGAGGCGUCCGCGUCGGUCGUCAAGCAGGCGGCGCGAGACUUCCACGGCGGCGCGUUCUGAGUAGUUCUUGGAGGCGCGUAAGUAGAAUUACAAGC